AUGUCCUCGAUCCCUUCCUGGCCACUGAAUAUUUAUUACAUUAUGACAAUAAUAUCAUUCCCAAUUUAUUUUUUGGUUACUGUAUGUUUGAUCAGACUACGGUACUGCUCAAGUUUGUAUCGAACCACGUUUUAUACAAUUUUAUUGCAACAUGUGAGUUUUUGUGGGCUUUGAAGUGUUAGGAGACCUCGAGGAAAUCUAGUUAUUCUGAAUUUUAUUUAUUUAUUUUAUUUAUGAUGUGAUUUUGUUUGCAACACAAGUUCAGACAAAUAAUUGCAUUUAGAAGUAAUUAAUUUUUUUUAGAAAAUAAUUCAAUUUUUUCUGGAAAUAUAAUUUUUCAGAAUCUGAAAAUGUUUGAAUUUUGAGCCCAAAGUUAUUUAUAGAUAGGAUUUAGGUAAUCUGAAAAAUAUUCAUCUGUUGUUAUUUAUUUUUUGAGCUAAAAAAAAAUGACGAUAUGAAAUUCUGGAAUUAAUUUCAGGCUGGGGGGAAUUUUAAAAAAAUUCGAAGCACAAUUUUUUUUCAGUAAGAAUUUUAAUUUUGAAAUUUGAUUUAAAGAUGAACAAUGCCUCAAAAUCAGCUGAAAGUAAAAAUUCUGAGCUCAAAAAAUCACAAUUCUCCACUUUUUUUUUUUUUUUUUUUUUUUUUUUUUUUUUAGCUAACCUGAGCAAUGCCUCAAAUUCAUCUUUAAAAAAACGAUUCUGAGAUGAAAAACCAAUAUUUUUGGCUAAUAAUGUCUCUGAAACUUAGAAAAUAAUAGUUUUGGUAUAAUUUUGUUCAGAAUUUUUAACAAUUCCUAAAUAUUUUGUAUCAAAAAUCCUAGAAAGUUUAAAAAAUUCGUAAAAUGAAUUUUAAAAUUCCAGUGCCUGGCUGAUCUUCUCACAAUCUUCAUCUUCACUCUAAUCUGGGCAAUCCGAAUGCUGCCCGGUCUCAAAGAAUUCUAUUUCACCUACCAAGAAUACUACAUAGCUGCCGGCACCUACAAUUCAAUUUAUUAUUUUCUCUACAUUCGUUGUUUUGGUAUAGUUCUUCUAAGUCUUCAUCGAUAUAUUGUUAUAAUUCUUCCAAUGUCAAAAAUCUCUCAAAUUGUCCAACAUCUUCCAAGUUAUCAAAUUAUUCUAUUUUAUUGGACUAUUCCAACUUUAAUAAGUAUCGUAGUUUUGAAAGACACUAAUUUUUCAUAUGACUCAAUUGAAACUAUGGACAUCGUUGCGGAAAGAAGUGUGAUUACGGUAUGUGCCUUUAACGUUGCCACGUCAUAACUUUGUAUUUCCAGAGAAACACAUUGAUGGCCUUGAUCGUAGUUAGCCUAACCUGCCUGAUUUGCUCAAUUUCAUACGGUGCACUAUUUAUGUUCCUACGAAAGCAUAGUUUGGGCUUGAGUCGAUCACUUCGUCGCGAGACCCAUUUAGCUCUUCAGGUCUUGUUUCUUCUUCUCGCAUUUUUUGUCAUUUUUAUCUAUUAUGCUCUUCAGAAUUAUUUUUCAAGAACGCAGAAUGUGAGUUUAUUUUUUGAGUGAAUUUUGAAAGAUAUUAGAAAUGAGCCAAUAAAUUUUGGAGCUACUAGAAAGGCGUUAGCAAAACUUGAAACUACUAGAAAUGCGCCAGCAAAUUCUAGAGGUACUAGGAGAGCGUCAACAAAGUUUGGAGCUUCUAAAAAUGCGUCAGUAAAUUUUAGAGCAACUAAAAUUCUAGGCACAUUUUAAUUUUGACUUUUCAAUUUCACUUGAAGCGUGAAAUGUUUCAGAGAAAUUCCAAAGACUAGAUUUUAGUAUUCUGAAAUUCUUUUUUUGUUUCAAGUCACGCAUGAAUAAGGAAAUGACUUUUAGUUUUUGUGUGAGAAAAUGUGUGUGGGGUUCUAUUUUGGAACUUUUGUUCCCUAAAGUAUAAAGGUGAAAUCAUAGGGUGAGAUUUUUGUGGGAAAAAAUUGGAUCACUAGAGAACCUUACUGAAGUUUAGCUGAGUUUUGGUGCCGGCAAAUUUAGGGAUUUGGAUUCUGGCAAAAAAAUUAUAAAAAUGAAGUUAGAGACACAGAGGAUACACCGUACUUCGGUUGAACCUUCUGAAUUCCCAAAAACAUCCUGCCACGUGACAAUCAAUCAAAUUUCCAGUCGGGACCAAUCUACACAAUGCGAGCAAUUUAUCCGAUCGCAAAUGGAAUUCUCAGCUACAUAAAUCCCUAUUGUAUAAUUCUACUAAAUUCGGAUUUUUCGAAACAAUUCAAAAAUUCACUCAUAUGUCGAGAAAUCAAAGUGGUGGGUUGGAUAGAUUUAUUUUUUUCUGGAAAAAAAAUACAUUUCAAAAUCCAGUUUUCUCUCCCGACAAAAAUCCGAAUCCAAAAAUAACGAAAUUCCAGAGCGAGGUGAAACGAUCAACCAAUCAAACGCCGGCCACAAUUAUGAAAAUUUGA